CACGCCCGCCGCUGACCCGGAUGUUGUUGCCGCCGGAGCCGCAGGAUGGGGACGGUUGUGCCGCUGCUCCGGACCGGCACCGAGCGGCGCGCGGCGUGACGUCAGCACGGUGACGUAAUAACCUCCGGUCCCCCCCCCCCGCACCGUCCGGUACCGGCGCCGCCCUCCCCGGUUCCGGUCCUGCGCCUGCGCGGAGCCGUGCCCGGACCCCCCCCCCCCCCCCCCCCCCCCCCCGCAAUGGCGGCUCCGGGGGGCGGGGCCGCGCUGGAGGAGGAGUGCGAUGUAGUGCGCGUGCGCGUCAAGAAGAACGAGGGGCUGCAGCCGCCCGAGUUCCGCUCCUUCGCCGUGGACCCACAGAUCACAUCCCUGGACGUGCUGCAGCACAUCCUGGUCCGCGCCUUCGACCUGCAGGGGAGGAAGAGCUUCUCCAUCAGCUUCGCCGCCCGGGACCCGCAGGGCCAGGAGAGCUUCGUGCCCCUGCUGAGUGAUGGGGACCUUGCAGCCGCGUUCGCCUGCGCCCGCCCCGCACUGCGCCUGCGCCUCGACGUGCGGCCCCCGGCUGAGAGCCCACUGCUGGAGGACUGGGACAUCAUCAGCCCGCGGGAGGUGGCAGCCGUGGAGCCCCUCCCGGAGCGCCGCUCACUGCUGGCUGCAGCUCUGCCCUUUACCCAGGCCCUGCUGGCACAGGUUGGCCGGACACUGGCCCGGGCGCAGGCUGCCCUGGCAUGGCCUGAGGGGUCCCCCCCGUCCCCCCCUCUGCCGCCCCCCCCCCUGCGCCCACUGAGUGAUGCCGACCUCCGCACGUACCUGGGUCCUGGGGGGCGGCUGCUGCGGCCCCAAGACCUGCGGCUCCAUGUCUACCACGGCGGCGUCGAGCCUGGACUGCGCAAGGUGGUUUGGCGCUACCUGCUCAACGUCUUCCCCCCGGGUCUGUCCGGCCAGGAGCGCCUGGCUCACCUGCGGCGCAAGGCAGAUGAGUACGCGGCAUUGAAGGCGGCGCUGGCGGCACAGGCGGCCCCGGCCGAGCUGGCGCUGGUGGCGGCCGCGGUGCGCAAGGACGUGGUGCGCACGGACCGCGGGCACCCCUACUUCUGCGGCCCCGAGGAGGGGCACCCGCACCUGGCGGCGCUGCAGGCUCUGCUCACCACCUUCGCCCUGGGCCACCCGCGCCUGUCCUACUGCCAGGGCAUGUCGGACGUGGCGGCUCCGCUCCUGGCGGUGCUGGAUGAUGAGGCCCAAGCCUUCCUCUGCUUCUGCUCCCUCAUGCGGCGCCUCGGGCCCCGCUUCCGGCCCGGCGGCCGGGGCCUGGCUCGCGCCUUCGCCCACCUCCGGCGCCUGCUCCGCCGCACGGACCCCCCGUUCUGGGCCUUCCUGGCCGCCCGCGGAGCCCACGACCUCCUCUUCUGCUACCGGUGGCUCCUGCUGGAGCUCAAGCGCGAGUUUGCCUUCGAGGAUGCUCUCAGGGUGCUGGAGAUCACGUGGAGCUCCCUGCCCCCUGCCCCCCCGCCCCCCCCCGAGGGGGUUCCCCUCCUCGGAGCCCCCCUGGGCCCUCACCACCGGGGGCUGCGGGAGCGGCGAGGGCUGAGGCCGAGGCCCCCCCGGCGCCUGCGCCGCCAGCGCAUGGGGGGGGCUGGGGAGGGGCAGGGGGGCUCCAAGGGGGGCUCCAAUGGAGGCUCCAAUGGGGGCUCCAAGGAGGGCUCUGAGGCUCCCGAGAGCUGUGGGGCUGAGCAGGAGGCACCAAAGGGCUCCCGGGGGCUCCCAGAGGGGCUUGGGGGCUCCGGGCUCAGCCAGAGCCGUGGGGAUGAACCAGGGGGGCUCCAGAGCCCCAACAGCCCCAAGGGCAGCUCUGGGGGUGGCUGUGGGAAGCUCGAGGUGUUUGGGGAUGGCCAAGCUCGUCCUGACCAGCAGGGCUGGGGCAGCUCCAGUGAUGCCCAUUCUGGUACCCAGGGCUCUGGGGAGCUCCAGGCUGGUGCUGAUGGCCCCCGGGGUAUCCAAGAGCAUCCCAAAGCCUCCAGUGAUGGGGGCCGGGAUGCCGGUGCCCCCAGGGCCAUGGGGGAGGCCCAAGAGCCAGAUGCCUCUGAGCAGAGCCAUGGAGCUCCCAGUGCCUCCCUGCAGGAGCUCAGUGCCACCUCCUGCUCCCCUGCCCAGGGGGGGGAAGACCCCACAGAGGUUGAUGGAGACCCCAAAGAGGUCCAGGACCUCAGACAGGUCAGUGAACACCCCAUGGAGGCCCCCAAGUACCCAAGUGAGGUUGAUGGAGACCCCAAAGAGGUAGGUGUAGACCCCAUAGAGCUCCAUGAGGAUGCCACAGGGUUAUGCGAAGCCCCCAUAGAGCUCCAGGAGCCCCCCAUAGAGGACCCCUGGGGCGGCAGGUGGCCUUGGGAAGCCUCCAGCUCCUCUUCCUCCUCCUCCUCCUCCUCCUCCUCCUCGGAGGACGAGGUUGGGGUGGAGGACGAUGGGUCCCCCCUGCCGCCGCCCGAGGAGCUGGGCCAGGGGAACCCGUUCCUGCUGUUCCUAUGCCUGGCCAUGCUGCUGGAGCAGCGCGAGGCCCUCAUGGCGCGAGCCGGGGACUACAACGAGGUCGCCAUGCACUUCGACCGCCUGCUCCGGCGGCACCACCUGCCCCGGGUCCUGCACCGCGCCAAGGGCCUGUUCGCGCGGUACCUGGAGGGGUGGGGGGGGGCACCCCCGGGGGGGGCGCAGGGCAUGGGGUGA